GCCUCCGCCGCCGCCUCGUUGCUAGGCGACGGGCGGGCGGCCGCCAUGUUGAAGGCGAAGGUGUUGCUGGUGGGACCCCGCGAGUCUGGAAAAUCCGUGUUGGCAAACUUUGUUUCGGAGAGCACAGAGGGGAUUGGCAGCUAUGUCCCAACACAAGGAGUGAGGAUCCUGGAGUACGAGAAGCCAAACUUAAAUGGGAACAGCAAGGGAGCUGGGUGUCGAUUUGAGCUGUGGGACUGCAGCGGUGAUCAGAAGUUUGAAACAUGCUGGCCAGCUCUUAUGAAGGACUCUCACGGUGUAAUAAUAAUCUUCAAUCCUGAGCUGCCCAGUCACCUGAAAGAAAUUGAAAUGUGGUACUCCUGCUUCGUGCAGCAGCAGCCGCUGCUCGACAGCCAGUGUCUCCUUGUUGCACAUCACAAGCCAGGUAGCGCAGAGGACACAGAAAAUCUGUCCUUAGCUUACCCACUGAACAAGCUGAAACUAAUACAUUCCAACUUAGAAGAAGAUCCUGAAGAUGUUCGGAUGGAAUUUAUGAAAUACUUCAGAAGCAUUAUCAACGUAAUAAAUGAGAGCAGAGAGAAGGAAGAAAUGUCAAUUAUUUCAUAACAUUAAAAGAAAGUAAAGGAUUGGUUGAACUUUGUAAGCUGUGCUAGCAACAUCCUUUGCAAGAAGAAUUUGCCAGGCUAUAAAUGCUUCAAAUAAUGCAGAUUUGUAACUUAAGCAGAAGAGGCAAGUGCUGACAUCAGAUAAACUGUGGUACCAAAGAGGUGGCUGCACACCCAAGAAUUUGUGUACCUUUUGGUAUGUUCAAUUUUUCAUUUGCUGUCAGGUGUACAGGAAGGUGUUGGUCAGUGUGUUAAUGGGCACUAAAAGGUAAAGAUCUUGAUUGUCUCCUCACUCAAGAAUCCCUUUUUGUAAAGGUGCUAAUAGAAAGCAUGACAGAAGUUAAGCUUUGUGGAGUUCUGUUGAAGCAUCAUAAAGUGCUCAUGUGAGCUGUGUUCCUGGAGGAGUUAUGCUUUUGGAAGUCAGCAGAAAUCUGAUGGGAGUGGAGAUCUGAGCAGCAGUUGUUGGUGUGGACCAAACACGUGCACACGUUGUCAUGUUUUAAUAUAACAAAUUCUCCUUUCUGUCCAGCAUCCGAAGAGAGCACAUUUCAUAGCUAUUGCUCUGGCAAGUCAGAAUUGCAGCCUUUCUCAUGACAGCUUUUCCUCUGCUGCAACAAACUCGUCCUCAUUGGAGACAAGGUAUGGGUUACUCUGAGAGAGAAGGAAUCAAAAUCUCAGUGCAGUGCAAUUACUUUGGCCUAUUCCUGGAGCUCCAAUAAGCAGAAAAAUAAGUGCUGCAUUCUCCAGAGGAGGAAAAGCAGCUUCAAACUUGGAUUACUGCUCCCUGUUGUACUGAAAUAAGUGGUUUCAUAGAUGAUUUACUUUCUGUUUUGUUUGGUUUGCAUUCAUCCCUGUUCUUAAUGUGUUCUGCUGUGGAAGGCAUUUUUUGUAAUAUAAUACUAAGGCAAUAAAAUUGUUUUUAUAAUAAAAUUGCAUCCUUUUUGCCCUCAAAGGGAAAGUGAA